UUGGCGAUGUUCCUGGGACAGGCCAUAAGCCACCUGGACCAGUUUGCACAGCUAUAUGUCUCCCAAUGGGCUAUGGUCGGCGCCAUUACUGCCGCCUUGCGCGGGGAGGCGGCCGCGUGGGCGGCCGACUUAUACAGUGACCAUGCCCGGGAGUUGGGGAGUGCGGGGCUGUUUUUGGACGCUCUACAUGGGCGGUUUGAUGACCCCACUCGGGCACAGAGGGCCGAGGCAGACCUGCUGGCGCUCCAACAGGGGAAACGCCCGGCCAUUGAGUACGUGCGGGAGUUUCGGAAAUUAGCCGGCCGGUUGCAGUCUUCUUGGCCGGAGCGGAUGUUGGUACAUCAAUUCAGAGCAGGCCUAGACCACGACCUACGGCAAGCCUGCGUAUAUCGGGGUGUGCCCAACAGACUGAGAGACUGGUUCAGGGUAGUGAUCGAACUUGAAGCAGGCCUGAAAGAGGUAUAUCGAGGGUACGGGGAUGUUUCGCGGCUGCGGCGUCCCGGGGAUAGGCCUCGCGAGGGCAGCCAGGACCAACAGCGGCCAACACCAAAGCCACCAGGACCGUCAGGAGCAGCCGGUUUCCGGUGCUUUCGUUGUGACCAGCCGGGUCACCGCGCAGCCGACUGUCCAGCACCCAGCCCCCGUAAGGCCGCAGCAGUUGGUAGAGCCACACCACUGAAGAAGGCCACGGAGAGUUCAAGGGCGGUUGGCCAGCAGCCGACUCCAGGGGUGAAGCCAGGAUCCCCGACUACGCCAAUGCCCAUAGCCGGGGUACGCUACCAGCCGGGGGACGAGGAGGACAGCCCUGACGAGGGAAUGAUGUUCGUUCGUUCGCUAGGGUCCUCACAGGCGUUGAGUUCAGCAUAUCACCCGAGCACCAACGGGGCGGCGGAAAGGGCAAACGCUAUGGUGGAAAGGUACCUCCGAAGUUAUGUGUCAUUCCAGCAAACGGAUUGGGUGGAUUUAUUGCCGUUUGCUGAAGUGGCAUAUAAUAAUACCGUCCACAGCAGUACGGGGUAUACCCCGUUUAAAAUAGUGUAUGGUAUGGAGUUUAACCCCAUGCCCGAAUUGUCACCAGAGGUGGCCAGCGGCCAGACCCCUCAAACAUGGCAGUCCAAAAUUUCAGGGUUGUGGGACCGGGUGCGGGUAGCCCGAAGGAAGGCCGAAGCUGCUGCCAAAGUCCAAGCCGACAAAAAACGGGCCGAGCAUAAACCGUUCAAAGUGGGAGACUGGGUGUAUUUAGCCACCAAAUAUCUACGUCUGCAGGUGCCAUGUAAGAAGCUAGGCCCGAAAUAUGUAGGGCCUUUCCAGAUCCUCAAAGUGGUUAACCCAGUUACAGUUCAGCUACGGCUACCCGCCUCUCUAGGCAAGGUUCACCCCGUGUUCCAUAGUAGUCUACUCAAACCAACACAUAGAAGUCCCUAUGCUGACGGGGCACCAGGACCGAUAUCCGGGUCCCAUUACGAGGUGCAGGAGGUCCUAGACUCACGGAAGCGAUAUGGUAAAACCCAAUACCUCCUUCGGUGGAAGGGCUACCCGUUAUCAGAUGCGACCUGGGUGGGAGAGGGGGACAUAAAGGCACCCAACCUGAUUCGGACGUUCCAUCGGAAGCACCCGGAUAAGCUGGGGCGGAACAAGUGUAACGUUGUGUACUCAACCCCUUUCCUUUCCUCCCCAGGGGGACGCGUGGUACAGGGGGCCGCAUGUCAAGCCCCGACGGCUUGCCAUAAGGACAGGGACAGGGGGAGCACGAACGUCAACUCACCGGGGCGAGAAACAGCUGAGCCGUGCACCGCCACGCCCCACCGCCGCACCGGGCGAACUCCCUCUGGGCGGACGUCUCCACGAGAAGCACGACAGACGCCAACGCCACCUGAUGGAACAGCGGGAGCUCCUAAGAGCCACUUGCGGGCUAAUGGGAAUGUACCUCGGCGGGAGAGCGGGGGGUUGUCUCCUAGCCACCAGGAUAUCCGGCAGGGCGAGAUUGGCGGCGGGCAACAGGGGCGCAGGUCGGACGCACGGACAGCGGGGCGUGGGGGCGGAGCUUCGUCGGGCAAAGGGACAGCACAGGGAACGGGCGUAGCAUUUAUCCAUCUCGAACGGAUGCUGGUUUGGGAUGGGGGGCGGAGCUGCAGGGUGGAGCACGCCGAUAUAUUGCGGUGGAGGGAAAUCGGCCCCAGUGCUGACUUUGUCUCACAUGCUUAAUAAAGAGCUUGGUGGAUGUCAGCGUGUGCCGGUCUUCUUUGCCUUG